AUGGCCCGGUUACAACACAAACCAAUUUCUUCAGUCAUUUUUGGUGAUUAUGUUUCACUUGUUGAUGGGUUUGGAAUCUCACGCUUUAUUUUGUCACUAUCUUAUGUCCAAGGAAUACACUACUUAACCUCAAGUCGGCCUACAGGAGCUUAUAUACAUGAUCGACCCACUUCACCUCCCCUCUACCCUAAUCCAUUUAGAACCAGCGACUCCUCAUUUUCUCUUAGAUUUGAGACUCCUCUUUCAUCAGAAAUAGGAGGCAGCAAGGUCAAUUUUGUGAUAUUCAAAAUUAUAUCACUCGAAUUAAAGGUUGAUGAUCAGAAAUCGAAGGUUGUGGGAAACUUUAUCCAUUAUCUCUUGAGAUUUUUGGCUGAAUUGGUGGUUGGUUUCGUUUCCGCAUGGAAGCUAGCUCUUUAUACUGUCGCAGUCAUUCCCGGAAUCGCAUUUGCAGGUGGAUUAUACGCUUAUACUCUUACAUGUCUCACUUCCAAAAGCCUUGAAUCCUAUGCCACUGUUGGCAUCAUCGCUGAACAGGCUAUUGCACAAGUAAGAACAGUGUAUUCAUAUGUGGGAAAAACCAAAGCACUUGAUUCAUAUUCAGAUGCAAUAUAA